CCCUCCACCAUCCGUCUGGGAAUGCGUGCCCCAAAGGGUUAUCGAUGCUGGCGAUCAAGCGCUCCUGAGGAACGACAGCCAGCCCUCGGCAGACGGGCUCACACGCCAGCACCGCGAGGCUCGCGGCGGAAGCCACGCCAACUCCAAGAAAAUCAUGGGCGGCACCAUAGGAGGUGUGGCAGCGAGCAGCCUGCUUUAGAAUUACAUGCAAGGGCGAGCCUCGCAGAUGUCUCGGGAAUGUGCUGCUCGGGCUGCUGUGAUGGGCAAGGGGGCCCAUCAUAUCGAGCAGGCCGAGGGGUCCGAGGAAUGGAAGGUCCCAGGGAGCGAGGGGGAGCGGAGGAUUUGGAGGCAAACAGGCUAGGUGCCCUAGUUUGUAGCCCCAACACACAGCCCACGACUCACCCUCUCCGAUGCCGCAAGACAUGGAAGCGACGAUUCGUUCAUGAAGUGCUGGCUGCGUCCUGCGCGCAGACUGGGGGGGAUCAAGGACGAUCUCCGGCAGAUUGUGUCCGAAGAGUGGUCCAGUGCGAGGACAAGUCAGGAUGAAAGAGAAGGGCGAGACGGAGACGCUUCGAGAGGCUAAGCGCGCCACUGAACACCGCGCUCUGGCAAACAAGGCGGAGCGCCACAUGCACUCGUCGCCGCUCGCCGCGGCCGCGAGCGCCUGUGCGCUGCCAACACCUCCUGUAUAAUUCCAGCCGCGGCCACUUUCGCCCGGAGCCAGAGGGCAGCACUACGGCAGAUCUUGGCGGCCUUAUGUUGGCCGUGUGGAUCUUGGCCUUAUGAUUUCUGGCAGCCAGCCUUCCCGGCUGCCGGCACAAGGGCGGUCGGGGGCUGUCCUCCAGGCUCGUGCUGGUGAUGGCAGCCCUCCAACAUACCGCUACUGGCGAGGGAGCUGACGAGUGCGGAGCAGCCGAGCGCGCCGAUUCGUGAGUGGAGGUGAUGAUGAGGAUGAAAGGAACUAACUUAUUCGGGGACGAAAGGGGCUCCCGUGCUCAACGCUUACGCAGUCCCUCAUUUACUGCUUACUGUGAUACUUGCUGGACAAGCGUGCUGCAAAACAUGGCAGAGUUGCGCACACAGCUGCGCAUGACUCGAAGCAAGGCAGGCUGGGCGGAGUUCGCCACCAGCGCGAGCAAGUCGUCUGAUGCCACCCAAGCUCACUUUUGGAACUGGCUGGCCCCAGAGUGCAGCAAUAUGCCAUGGCUGUGCACGAGCUGUGCAUACCAGGCGGGAGUCAACAACGACACGAACAGGCUCUCUGACUGCCAGCCGAACCGACGGCAAGCCCGCACGAGGCGAGGCUGUGGGUCAAACUGUUGGGCUGGGAGGGGUGCUGAGAGACGUGCGGGGCCACAUGGCGGCUCAGGCAGAGGGGUAUCGAAGGAGGAGGAGGAGGAGGAGGAGGUGGAGGAGGAGGAGGAGCCAACACGGCGCCCAGCUCGACCAGCAGUUUGUCUGUGGUCGCGGCGCUGGCGAUGGCUCCGCGCGAGAGGGCCCCGGUCGGGCAGCGAGGCGGCAGACUGACACCGAGGACAGGCGGGGGAAGGCGAAGGCCGCCGCGGACACGGGACUGCUCGAGCAAGAUCGCAGGAGCCGCGAGGCUGGAGGCCUUCGGCCUCCGGCCGAGGGCGAAGUACUCUCAACUGCUUUCUCGGCCUUUACUGGAGUUUUACGCCUCCCACUGCUUUCUCGGUCUUCGGCCGAGGGCGUCAGCG